AUGUUUGUACUUUCCACGUUCAUUAUUGCCAUCUCUGGUUUCUCCACGUUUACACGGGCCGUGAACCUCAAGGACCUUCCACCUCCUCCUAGAUCAAAGACACUCUCUCGCAGAUAUGGUAAUUCCACAGACCUUUCUUGCUUAGACCUUCAAAGCGAGGAAACCUUCAUAUGGGGUGCAGCCGACUCGAGCAGCAGCGCUGUGCUUGGACAGCUCCAAGUGCGCAUGCCGGGGGACUCUGAAAAUAUCCUCUCCAUGGAACGCUUUACAUAUCUGACAAGCGCCAUCAAUUGCACACAGACCUCUAUGGACAUCGCGUUCAAGGAUGACGAGGCCUUUGGUUAUGCAAAACGCGUGUGGGACUGGGUGAAUGGUGCCGACAACCAUAGCUUCGUGAUGGUUGCGGGAACGGGCGACUGUGGAUGGAAUACGGCCCGCCAACCAUUCAUCAUUUAUGAUAUGAUGUAUGACGACGACGCAAAUAUUGCGCAUCUCACGGCCAAUGCCUCAGAUUGGCAGGAUGCUAUCCAUAGUUUUACGCUUGACGUCGGUCAUCUUUCAGAUCCACAAGACCUCACGAAGCGCGGAGACCAUGAUAAAGACAUCACCAUUGAUUUCAACCACGAUUUUCCAAUCAACUACACCUCGUUGUCAGUUCCUCCUCUUAGUUUUGGUGUAGCGUGCUCCAAUUGCGCUACCUCCGGUGAAUUCCUGGUCCAGAUGCACUUGGAAACUAUACUCGGAAUUCCAACAGACAUGACCGUAGGACUCCAGCCUCAAGGCGUGUCCUUGGAGAUUGAUCCUACCGUCUUUCUUUCGGCGGAUCUCACCUCCUCCUUGAAGAAAGAAGUUGAACUGUUUGCUAUUCCACUCGAAGCUAUCACCAUUCCAGGAGGUGUUCUCAACAUUGGCCUCUCGGUCCCCGUUACGGUUGGUGUUUCUGUUGGACCGCUGCAGGCUGCUACGAACAUCGGAGGGGGGGUUAAGGUAGCGAUUCCUGAUAAUGCGACUGCCAUGGUAAAUAUCCUCGAUCCAAAUACUCAAUCUUCGGGCUGGGAUCCAAUUGUCACGACCAAGAACAUCACUAUCGAUGCAAGGCUGCAAGGCUCCGCGAGAGCAUACAUGAACGUUGGCCCAGCACUCGAGAUAGAAGCAGUUGGAACUGGUGCGAAGCUCACGGCCAAUAUUGGUCCAAUGAUCCAGGUUAGAGCCGCGGCUAUUGCCUCCACAGGCGCGGCGUGUGCCAACGAUGCGGCAGCCCGCCACUAUGGUGUUGAUCUAAGCCCGACGUACGGAAUUGUUCAGAACAUUGCUCUCCAAAAUAUGGUUUUGGGCGAGACCAGCACAUUGGUCGGCAAUGAGGUUGGUCUUUGGAUCCAUCAACUUCCGAACCUUUGCUAUCCCUUCGGCGAGCCAGGCUCGGUGACGGAUACGACGACCAUAGGGGGCGAUGUCCCAGCACCUACUCAGCCGCCUACUAGUGUCCUCACUGGAAGCACUGCGUCCUCGGUCUACGCCUCGUUGACGGCGACGCAGACUGCACCUGCAGAGACGGAGAGCGCAUCGUCGCGGUGA